CGUUGCAAUUUGUAAUUCAUAUCUCGUGUACUCUUCGCAAGACGCUACUGAUUUAUAUUUCUUCUCUUAAUGUAAUGAAAAGAGUCUCGAUGGAACAUGGCAAAAAUGUUGAAGGGAAGGGUUGAUUAUUACAGGCUGGUCACAGGUGGAUGAUCGAUGGAAGUGUCCACACACAAAAAUGCGACGUAUUUUUACGGUACUUUGCGAUCAAGGCAGCGUCGAGCGCUCGCACGGCGAGUUGAAAACGCGUGCGCCACGCUGCUUACGCCGAUGGUCUCGCUCGGGGUCGGUCCCCCUCCCGAUCGCGGGCCCGCGUCGGAGAAGACAUUCACCUCGAGGAGAGCCAACUCCCAGCCAGUCAGCUAGCCAGCCAGCCAGAUAUCGUUACCCGCGGCUAUACGUUUCUCGCCUCGUCCCAGCCUCGCUCGAGCGAGUCACUUUUAUGCGCUGGUCAGUGCGCGUUGCGAUCCGCGCCGUGGUAACGGGCUCUCAGCGUUGGUGCAUCGUCGACCACCGUCCGGAUUACCCAUUUUUGCAAAGGUGUGCUUUCCUCGUCGAGGAUCGAGGCGAGAGUGCGGAGAGUCUCUUUGUUAAGGUCCACGCGCUCUCCUCGCGCGGUGUCCUCCAAGUCCGGACACGGUCAAGUGCGCGACGAACGGGAGACUCUAAUGACAGUUCUGGUGCCUUGGUGUCUUCCACAUGUUCUCUCGGACAUUAUCUAUCAUCGUUAAGAGCCUGUGAAAAAAAGUUUCUCAAAGGCUUAAUUGGGGAAUGUAAUUGUGGGUAUCGAAACGAAAUACCGAGCCUCAAGAUGAUUCCGUCCGAUUGCGUUCUCGACAUAUCCAACGUGUUUCACUCCACCUCCGUGGUGAUUGAAGGGACCUGCCUCAACAAAUCCGAGCCUACCGCAGUGCUAAGAGAUGUAUCAGCCCGCGUUCACGGUGGAGAGGUCUUGGCUAUUCUAGGAUCAAAGGGCUCCGGCAAACGAGCGCUCCUCGAUGUUAUCGCCGGUAGAGCGGAGGGCGAGACGAGGGGGCGAGUCACCCUGAAUGGUAACCUCUUAACACCGGAACUGUUCCGUCGUCACGGCGGCUACGUGGCUCACAGGUGUCACCUGCUCCCGAGUCUGACGGUCCGCCAGACUCUGGUGUACGCUACAUGGCUCGCCAAUCUGAACAAUCGCGAGGCCCGAGUGCGACAGACCCUCGCCGAUCUGGCGCUCUCGCAAGUCGCCAAUCGAUCGGUGAACGAUCUCACCAGGCCGGAAUAUCGGCGACUGAUGCUUGGGGUGCAGCUCGCCAAGGAUCCAACUCUGCUGCUGCUGGACGAGCCGACCUGGGACACCGACCCCCUCAACACGUAUCUCAUCGUCUCGAUGCUGUGGUCCUACGCCACCAGACGUGGCUCCAUCGUCGUCCUCACCAUGGAAACACCUAGAUCCGACGUUCUGCCCUUCGUCAGUCGUGUGACGUUGCUGUGUUUGGGCGCGGUGGUUUAUUCGGGACCAACCAGAAGCAUGCUGGAUUACUUCACCUACAUCGGCUUUCCCUGUCCGGAACUGGAGAACCCUUUAAUGUAUUACCUGUGCUUGUCGACCGUUGAUCGUCGAUCCAGAGAUCGCUUCUUGGAGUCCAAUCAACAGAUAUCGGUCUUGGUCGAGAAAUUUAAGGUGGACGGAGUGCUUUAUAUGAAGGAAGGACCGCAAGUGCCGCAUAAUAUGAAAGAUACUGCUCUCGGCAUUAUGCACAAAGGUCUAGGACGCGGAAUCAAGCCUGGAUGUUUCUCGACUCUUUUGGCACUGUAUUUACGAAGUAUGGCGGCUACGUUCUCGUUUAACAAGAUUGGCCUAGGACAUUUUGCCGCUCGCCUGCUGUUACUGCCAUUCGUGGUUGCUUUAAUGAGCAUACUAUACUCACACUCAAGUCCCGUACAAUCGAGAAUUUUUUUACAAACCGGUGGCCUGAUUUUCAACGUCUUAACUUUGUUUUACGUAGCUGGAAUAGCUGCAACAUCACUCUUGUUUCCAGGCUUCCGCGCAAGGUAUUAUCAAGAGAAGCGAGAGGGUCUCUAUGGUGGCGCAAUGUUUCUAACUGCGUAUACCAUGCUGAGUCUUCCGCUGAGUUUCAUGUCGACACUGAUAACAAUCGGAAUCCUGAUUCCCAUUUUGGAGCUGGAUCUCACCUCAUGGGCGUACGCUUCCGGUAUCCUGUGGUCCAGUUAUGUUGCGGCUGAGCAAGUAACAGUAGCUGUGCUGAUGGUGGUUGGUAAACCUAUAACCGGUGCCAUCACAGUACUGUACAUGACUCUGUUGUCCCUGGUGAUCGCUUCGGGAGCGAUUCGUAGCCUGAAGAAUCUACCUUAUUGGCUGGCAAUGGUGUCGACCGCGCUGCCGACCAGAUACGCAUCUCUAGCGCUAAAUCAACUGGUCAUCGAUACUCCUUUGCUAUCUAAUCUGCCCUACAAUGAGAGUUUCACUUGUCCAGGCAUACCUGAGCUUUGCAGGUAUCCCGAUGGCAAGACGUAUCUGAUAGAACGCUUCACUAGAGAAGGCGAGAAUAUCUCUGAAGUGUUGAAUGUAGACUUGAAUCUGCUGAUCUCUCUAGCAUUUGCCGUCGGUCUCAUCAUAUUAAACAGUGUCUUAUAUCUAUUACCAUUACCCGCCAAAGUAAAGGCAAAAUUCAGAGAAUAAUGGAUUGUGAAUGCUUGUUUGCAUUUGAUGUGAUCGUCUUAUUUAAUGUCUCACAUCGCACUAAAAUUCGGAUACUCGAAUUUAGCGUUAAAUAGUAUACGUAUCGCACUAUACUUAUCACUUGAUUUAAAUUCUAAAUGUAUAUAAAAUUGUAAAUAACAUAGAAUUAGAAUAAUGAUCAAA